UUUUUUAUUUGUAUUUUUAGAGUGGUGGAGACGACGCUAACGUACUUUAUGUAUAUAUCUUCGAUGUGUUUUAGUGAUUAAUAUUGUUUUAAACAAUACGAUUAUAAAAAAGAAUAAUUUCUUUGUAAUUUUAGUAAUUUUUUUGUUGUCAUUGUUGUCAAUGCUUCGUCGAAUUGGUUCGAAUUCUAGUGUAAUUCCCUAAAAAAAAGUGACGCGAGCGCCUUAGGUGGUCGUUUUUCGAAGUUGCGAACUAACGGCUACCGCCAUUGCAUUCGCCCUCAAUCAUUCCGUUUAGUUAGCCGGCUUCUCUAGUCACGUGCAGUUUCUUUAGAAAUCCACAAACAUCCUGUACCAGACAUGGCCGAUGAAUAUUUUUAUGCAUUAACAUUGGAAGGUGCAAAAGCGAGUGAAGUAUGGGAUCCUGAAGCAAAAGUUCCUGAGGAUUACCAAGGUGGACACAAAUUGAUCAUUAAACAAGCAUUAUUGGGCCCGGACGCAAAAGAAGGAGAGGUGAACGUGAUACAAGUAGAGGCGAUGACGUGGAAAGAGUCCAUUAAAGUACCAGUUGCGACGUUGAAAGCGGGUGGCCCCAAUAACCAAGUGCUCUUAGAUCUCUCUUUUCCCGAUCCACCAGUUACGUUCAGUCUCAUUCAAGGAUCUGGACCCGUACACAUCAUCGGUCAUCAUUUGAUUGGAGGUCCAAUUGAAGAAUUCGACGAAAUGGAUGAACUCGAAGAAGAUAUGCUUGAUGAAGAGGAAGGUGAAGAGGGAGUGGAUGGGAAAAGAAAAAGAUCGUUGUCCCCAAUCGAAGAAGAGAAGGAGGAAGAUGAGGAAGAAGAUGAGGCGCCGAAGAGCAAAAAAGCAAAGACAACCAACAAUGCGAAAGGGAAAGGGGCGGCGACGAAGAAUAACAAGGGCAAAAAGUAAAGAGACGAGUAAAGGGUGAGAGAAAGAAAGUGAGCGAGGGUGGGUCGUUUAAAUUCAUCUUAACAUAUUAAAUGUAGUUUAGUUCCACACAUUAAGUUAGGACUUGUUCUUUUUUAUAUACAUAUAAAAUAAAAUGACAAAAAUGGAAAAAAUAAUUUAAAAAGAAAUAAUGAGUUAUUAAACAUCACCCUUUUUAGGGGUUGACGAUUCUUCCGCUUCCUUAUAAGAAUUAAAAGAUAUUCCAUUUAUCAAUAAUUUCAUUGCCCCUAAUUUUCUUUUUUAUGUUUAGUUUAUCCUAUCUCAAUUAAAGAUUAAUUUCGUUAUAACCAUUGUGAACGUUUUUCCACUUGUAUUUAUUUGCAGUUGUGGUUUUGCUUUGUAAAUACCAAAAAAAAACAAAUCUCAUUAAACGAUUCUUUUUGUAGA